AUGCCCGCUUUCCACGCCGUUCUCCUCGGCAGCCUGCUCUGCGCCUCCAACCUUGUCCGGGCCGACAACCCAUUUGUCCAGACUCGCUAUACAGCGGACCCCGCGACGCUCGUUUACCAAGACCGCCUAUGGGCGUUCACGAGCCACGACAAUGACGACGCCACCUGGUUCAACAUGACCGACUGGCGCCUCUUCUCCACCGACGACAUGGCCAACUGGCAGGACCACGGCAGUCCCGCAGGCCUGCGGACGUUUUCGUGGGCGCGACAGGACGCAUGGGCCCCCGGGGCGAUCGAGCGCGACGGGAAAUUCUUUCUCUACGUGCCCGUCACCCCCUCGUCGGGCGGAGGCAUGGCGAUCGGGGUAGCGGUGGCGGACGACAUCGCCGGACCCUACACCGACGCGCUCGGCGGGCCGCUCGUCCACAACGGCGAGUUCGACCCCACGGUGUUCAUCGACGACGGCGACGACCAGGCGUACCUGUACUGGGGUAAUCCGAACCUGUGGUACGUCAAGCUCAACCGGGACAUGAUCUCCUUUUCGGGCGCGCCGGUGCAGGUGGAGCUCACGGCAGGCGGGUUCGGCCCUCGGCGCGCCGACGUGCCCGCGGAGGGCCGGCCGACGGCGUACGAGGAAGGGCCGUGGCUGCACAAGCACGAGGGGACGUACUACAUGACGUACGCGGCCAACUGCUGCGACGAGGACAUACACUACGCCACGGCGCCGUCGGCCACGGGGCCCUGGACGCACGGCGGCCUGGUCAUGGCCAGCCAGGGCGGCAGCUUCACCAACCACCCCGCCGUCGUGGACUACAAGGGGAGAGGGUAUUUCUUGUACCACAACGGCGCGCUGCCGGGCGGGGGCGGGUUCCAGCGCUCGGUGGCGGUGGAAGGGUUCGAGUACGGCGCCGACGGCGGGAUUCCGACCUUGACCAUGACCGCCGACGGGCCGGCGCAGAUCAAGGAUUUCGAUCCAUAUGGAGAGGUCGAGGCGGAGACGAUGGCCUUCUCACGCGGGGUGAGCACGGGGACCUCGGCAGAGGGAGCGGUGUUGUUUGUCGACAAGAUAAACGACGGCGAUUACGUCAAGGUCGGCGGCGUGGCUUUCGGCGAGGAGGGUGCGAGGUGGUUUGCGGCGGUUGUGGCUGCCGGCCGGCGCAAGUGCGAGCGCCCAGCCGAGCUGCAGAUCAGGCUGGACGGCGAGGACGGAAAGCUCGUGGGAAGCUGCGUGGUGCCGGCCAACACGGGCGGGUGGGAGAGCUGGACGACGGUGACGUGCGACGUCGAGGGGGCGACGGGGACGCAUGAUGUUUUCUUUAGGUUUGUAGGGAGUGGCGACGGCGACUUGUUCAACUUUGACUCUUGGGGGUUUGCAUGA